AUGUCCGCACUAAAUGACUCCUGCUUGUGCUCGGGAACCUGUUCUCUUGAUUUGGCAGACUAUAUGGUUGCACACCGGGUUGCAGCUCUGCGUCUUGUGGGAAUCAACAUAUGUACGAGUAUUCUGGGCUCACUGGGUAACUUGUUGGUGUGCAUAGCAGUGUUUUCAACUAAAGGCGUGACCUCAAGCUUCCAUUACUUCAUUUCAAGUUUGGCUGCUGCGGAUCUUGUCAUUGCUCUUGUGGUUCAGCCGCUUUUAAUCGCCUUGAUUAUCGCUCAGAUAAAAAUCCAAUGUCUCCCGGACGGCGCGUGUUUAGUCUUUCGCGUAGUUAGCAACUUUGCUGGUGCUGUCUCGUUACUAACAUUGGCGUUGAUUGGGCUUGAUCGCACUUUGAUCGUCUCCCCACAUCUUGACUACAAGAAUACAAUGACAGCAAGAAAGAAAAUCGUUCUGGCCGUUGUCUGGGCGUUAGCCUGUGCGUGUUCUGCCAUAAGGCUAACCAUCGAGAAAGAGAUAACAUCGUACCUAACCGCCGCUGUGUUUGGGUUGUGCUACGUGGAAAUGAUCGUGUGUUACGCAGUUGUUUAUUAUCGAAUCUCCAAACGGCGUAAACGACCAGCUGCGAUGCGUGCAAGAACUGAACUAAGGGGAACACGACAUGAGGCGGCAGAAGUACAGCUUCUCAAGACUGAAAACAUCGCUAAAGAGAGACGUUUUGCCCGCACUAUCGUCAUGGUACUAGUUGUUUUUACGGGUGGAUGGAGUUAUCUCUUUUAUCUGCGAUUGACGCAACCGGAAAAGAACUACGGAAUCAGGUAUGAUGUGGCUCGUACUGUGGCGUUUUCUGCGUCUGCUAUCAACCCCGCUCUUUACUGCUUCAAUAAUAAAGAAUAUCGACGUGCAUUCAAGAGGAUUUUGUCAAGUUUCCCUUUUGGAUGGCGCCACGAGGAAUAUGAAAGAAUCUUGUGA